GAAAGAUGCGAGAUCAAGAAGGCAAAGAAGGAUGGAGCCAAAGUUCGCGUUCAGUCGAAGGACGCUCCUAAGCUUGAAGAAGGGUGUUACUCAGUCGUUCCCGAGCUUUCAGGAAUUCUGGAGGUUUCCAUUGAGGAGACAGAGACUCAUCAGACGGAGGCCGUCGAGGGUGGCAAGAAACCAAUGGCGCAGGCCGUGUUCAAAGACUCGGCAGACAUGAAGCAGGCCGUCCGUGCUGAACUCAUGAAGGAUGGCAAGGGCUAUGAUGUGAGGAACUUCUACAAGCAGACCGGUCUUGCCCAACGCAUUGCCCGGAAUCCGCUGUUUGAAAAUAUAACCAUGCUUGUCAUCGGCCUGUAUGCAAUCUGGAUGGCGAUCGACACUGACCUCAACGACGCAGAUGUCAUAACCGACGCCCCGCCGUUCUUCUUCGCCAUGGAGCAGGUUUUCUGCGCCUACUUCUUCGUGGAGCUGGUCAUUCGAUUCAUCGCGUUUGCAGAGAAGCGGAACUGCCUCAAGGAUGCCUGGUUCUUGUUCGACCUUGCGCUGGUGAUCAUGAUGGUCCUGGAAAACUGGGUAAUGACCCUGGUAUUGCUGCUCACCGGAUUGGGGGACACAGACGGUGUCCUGGGAAAUGCCAACAUCCUGCGGCUUGCAAGGCUUAUGCGGUUGACACGACUUCUCCGCAUGGCUCGCUUGCUGCGAAUGGUGCCAGAAUUGCUGAUACUGGUGAAGGCGAUCGCUGCGGCAAUGCGCUCGGUUGGCUUCACCCUGAUUCUCCUGAUCCUCAUGCUGUAUGUCUUUGGUAUAGGGUUCACGCAGAUUCUGAAGGGAACCCUUCUUCAGGACAGCUUUCCAGGAGUGUUGCUAUCCAUGCAGAUGCUUUUCUUGCGCAUCACAUUGCUGGACAAUAUCUCUGACUUGUUCGUGGAUUUCAUGGACUCCGAACAGUGGGUUGCCUUUGUCCUCCUUUAUUCGUUUUUGAUCAUGUCAGCAAUCACAGUCGCCAAUAUGCUCAUCGGCGUCAUCUGUGAGGUUAUUACAGCAGUCGCGGCUGCUGAAAAAGAAGCCAUUCAAAUCACAUUCGUGAAGGAUACCCUGCUGCGGGUCAUGGGACGUUCGGACGCAAACUUCGAUGGCAGGUUACAGAAGAAUGAGUUCUUCAAGAUCGCUCGGGACAAGCAAGCCGUCAAGGCCUUGAAGGAGUUGGGAGUCGACAUGUUGACUCUGAUUGACUUUGCCGACAUCAUCUUUGAGAACGCUUCCGAAUCCGAGGAGAGCGAGGAGCUAUCCUUUUCGGAGUUCAUGGAGGUUAUUCUACAAUUUCGUGGUUCGAACACCGCCACUGUCAAAGACAUGGUGGAUUUCAGGAAGUGGUUCACUGUACAGUAUCGGCAGAUGUUGAGGGAGGACAUGGAAGCGAUCCUAUCCGGCAAGGGAUCGCCUCCUCUGAAUCGCCGCCAGCAGCUUGGCGGCUUGCGUCAGACAAUCUUCAGCAGCAAGGCACACCGCUGGACUCCGAACGCCGGCGCAUCAGAGCCUGACCACAUCUCGGUUAAUCUGUGA